ACUCCGGGCAGCGGCACAUCGGGCUGGACUCCGGGCAGCGGCACAUCGGGCUGGACUCCGGGCAGCGGCACAUCGGGCUGGACUCCGGGCAGAGGCACAUCGGGCUGGACUCCGGGCAGAGGCACAUCGGGCAGGACUCCGGGCAGAGGCACAUCGGGGAUCACCAGGUGCAAGCAGCAGGGCAGCGGGCCACCAGGCGAAGCAGCAGGCCCCGGGCCCCCAGGCGGAGCAACAGGCACCGGGCCCCCAGGCGGAGCAACAGGCACCGGGCCCCCAGGCGGAGCAACAGGCACCGGGCCCCCAGGCGGAGCAGCAGGCACCGGGUCACCAGGCAUUGGAUCGUCUGGCUCGACAGCGGGCACUGGGUCACCAGGCAUCAGGUCAUUUGGCUCGCCAGCAGGCACCGCGUCAUCUGGCAAGGCAGUGGGCACCGAGUCACCAGGUACGACAGCGGGCUCUGAGUCAAUUGGCACGACAGCGGGCACCGGAUCAGGUACCGGAUCAUCUGGAUCAACAGCGGGCAUCGAGUCAACUGGCCUAAUAGGAUCAUCAGGCUGGAUCAGCUGGGUACAGACCUCAGGCUGAAGUGCGGGUGCCGAGGCACCAGGCUGAACCACGGAAGGCAGGGUUCUCAGACGGCAGGCUCACCGGUUUGAAUACUGGCA